AAAUUAGAAAAGCGUUUCACAAAAUUUAUUGGGUAUCUUUAAAAGUUUCGUUUUUUCGUCGGAAGAAUUUUUGGGUUGCUCCGCUCAGCUUCGCUACCGUUCACCAUGGCCAAAGCUUCUUCCUCCUUCUUCCAAACCCUAAAGCGCUACAUCAAGAAGCCUUGGGAGAUCACCGGCCCGUGUGCAGAUCCAGAGUACAAAUUGGCCGUCCCGAGUGCCAUAGAGUACAGGAUCGUUUGCCCCGCCAGUACGAAGGAGAAAGCGAUUGUCCCUACCUCCAAUCCCGAGACCGUCUUUGAUAUUAAGUAUUACACCCGCGACCAGCGUCGCAAUCGCCCUCCAAUUCGACGCACCAUCCUCAAGAAACCUGACGUCGAGAAGAUGAUGAAGGAGACGAAGUUCGACCCUGCUGAUUUCCCCAAAGUUUAUCUGACUGCCGCGAUCGAGGAGGAUAUAAAUGCCCGUGGAGGUGGUUAUCAAAAGUAGUAAGGUUCGUUGUGCUCUGGGAAAUGUUCUCUCCAGCUUGUAUUCUUCUACUCUGCCUGUCUUUGUUAACCUGAGAGUGGGUUUUUUAGAUAUAGUUGUUUGUACGCCUAGCCUAUACCUCAAGACAAGACAUGGGAUUUGGCGUCAAUAAAGUACAUCUCCUCGAACUCUUUCAAUUUUUUUGUUUCUUUUGCAAUGUUAUGUGCUUGUACUACACAACCAUUUGCAACAAUGUUGCACCAGGAAACACUUCCAUUGCUCCUGAAUUUUAGGACAUUUUCUUGCAUAUCAGUAUUGUUAUAUCCUGAGCUGUGUUAUUUGUCUUUGACUGCAACAAUAACAAGGCUUGGAUUUUAAUCCCCUGGUCAUAUGAAUAAAGAAUCAUGUUAUUGUAAGGAGAGGGGUAGUGGAUGAACCACAACCGUGUUUGAUACCUUCCUUGGGGUAAGGAGGAGGAGGCGUGUUUAGGAACCAAUAGCAUAAUUUUAAGGUUAUUUUAUUUAUUUUUGAAAUCUCAUCUUAUAAAUCCAAAUCUAUUAUUGUAGAAUUUAGUUUCCUUUAAUAACCCAUUUGAUUUUUUAAAACUAAGCCAAAAUUGAGGUAUCUUAAUAAGUCUAUGGCGAUAUAAUUGGUCCUUCAUCUAUUCACGUAGCAUGUCCAUUACCACACAAUUCACCUUUACCUUUGAAACAAGCUAUAAUAUACUCUGAAGUCACUCUCAAAUGACUCUAAAUUUUCCUACCCUAUUUUAUCUUCCGUAUAAGGGCUCUCUUCUACACCUCUUUACGAACCCUAAUUAAUAAAGCUUUUAAUUCUCUUGUUGACUUUUAGCCAUCAUAUCAAUGCAAGCAAAUAAAUACUCAUUAGUAAUAUGAUGCCUAGUUCUCAAUGUUAAACAAACAAUUCUUCUUUAUUCAUUCUCCCUUCUCCCCUCGUAUGCAAUUGUCGAAUCCUUCACUUUGCUGCUAAUUUGUGUUCUCUCUCUUAUCUGAUAUGGGUUUGUUGUAAUCCUGAAAGCCAUCUGAUUCGAAGAAAAGGGAACUUACAGAUCAUUUUUGUAUCAUUUUAUUCUAUAAGCUCUGUUUUGAAGAAAUGACAGGAAGAGUAAAUAAUAUGAUCUCAAAAUUGAAGCAAGAGGGCGUUCAUGUUGAAGCAAAACAAAUGGAGGGCAAAAGGAAGAAGGGGCCUUCAAGGCAAGGGCCAUUUCUUAGAGGCAAUCCAAGAAUUUUUAGAGUUUCUCCUUUGUUUGGAGGAAAAGACAGGCACAGCAAAGUUUGCACAAUGAAGGGCUUACGAGACAGAAGGAUUAGGCUUUCAGCUCCCACUGCUAUUCAACUUUAUGAUUUGCAGAACAGACUUGGCCUCAGCCAACCCAGCAAAGUCAUAGACUGGCUGAUUGAUGUCACAAGAUUUGAUAUUGAUAAGCUUCCACCACUCCAUUUUCCAAAAGAUUUUGACCCAAAUGCCUCGUUUCUUCAUCAUCUUGAUAUUGCAGAUGCUACAGCGAAGGCCAAACAUGAAGAAACUGGGAUGCUUUUGCUUCAGAAGUUGUCUCCUUCACCCAACCAUGCUUCUUUUUCUGCUCUUCAGCUUCAAACCAACGCCAUGACUGAAAACUGUUGCCAUUUUGACCCUCCAAGCUUUCCAUUCCCAUUAAUGGAUCAGGCCAAUCCAGCUUCAUUUUCCUCGCCUUCUGAGCAGUUGCUGUUCCGUCCAAUGACGGUGCCACCCGAAGUUUCUUCUUACCUUCCUAACGGUGGAAAUUAAUGGUGUGUUUGAGAUGACUUUUCAAAAAUACUAAUUAAAUUUUCAUGAAAUUUGCCGAGUAUUUUAAUUCAAAAAUAUUUUUUAGUCGCAAGACGAACAAUUAAGUCUUUCUUGUUGAUGUGUUAUAAAUAGUAUUGUCAACAAUAUC